AUGGUUUCGACGUGUGAUACCUUUUACGAUGUUCGUUCCGGUGACUCGUGCUAUGAUAUUGCUGAUAGCCAUGGUGUGUCGCUGGACUCUUUCUAUGCUUGGAACCCAGCGGUCAAGACAGACUGCUCGGGACUUCAGCCAGAUGAGUAUGUCUGCGUUGGUGUCAAGGCAGCCACUGGAACCGGUGUCACGACGCCGUACCCUGUUCAGACGGGAAUGGUUGCUACCUGUGACAAGUUUUACAAGGUCAUCGCAGAUGACUCGUGCGUCGAUAUUGCCAGUGGGAACGGAAUUACAGCGGCUUCUUUCUACGCCUGGAACCCUGCCGUGAAGACCGACUGCUCCGGCUUACAAGCGAGUGAGUAUGUGUGUGUCGGUGUAUCUUCGUCAUGA